AUGAGGAGAAGUCACAUUCCGGAUCUUACAGAGAUCAAGAGCUAUGGGGAUAGAUCACAUAUAAAGGUUGAAUCGGCUAUGAAUCAACAGACUAGACCUCCACUUUCGGUAGUAGCCCACAAUGCUGCAGGUAUAAAUGGCAUGAAAGAGCAGAAACAAACAAGCAAUGCAAAAGAGAGUGACGGUGAGGAUAAAGGUACCCAAGAAGAGGUGUUUCUUAAGAAGGAUGAUCCAAAGGUGACAGCUUUGAUCCAACAAGCUGAGCUUCUCAGUUCAUUGGCACAGAAAGUUAAUGUAGACAACACAGAUCAAAGCAUGGAAAAUGCCUGGAAGGUCCUACAGGAUUUCUUGAAUAAAAGCAAAGAAAAUGAUCUAUUCAGAUAUGGAAUCCCAUAUAUAGAUUCCAAAGGUCUUGAUGAGGACUUGAGGAUUAGUAAUGAAGAUAGUCAAACAUCUUGGAAGCAACCUGAUCUCCAUGAUUCACCAGCAAGCUCUGAUUAUAGCUCAGGAUCAACCGUAAUGCCUCCUCAUCCUUCUGAUGAUAAAACUCAGCAACCCAUGCCUGAUACUCAGACAACAACAUCGCAGAAACAAAAUGACGGGCAGUUACCACAAGCUAAAGUGAUUGUGCCUGAUGUAAUAACUGUGGAACAUGUGGAUUUACUCACAACAUGUCAGGAUGUCCUAAAGAACCCUAAUGAGAUUGUUGUGCCUAUGUCGGGUGACGAAGAGUUUCACUCCCCUGUUCAAGUCACUCCAUUUUUCAGAUCUCUAGCAGCAGGCAUUCCUAGCCCACAAUUCUCUGAAAGUAUAAAGCCUCAAAACCGGUUACUCAAUUCNACAAUG